AUGGAGCGGCGCAGAAAACGUGAUUUGAAAGAACAGAAUGUUAGAGCUUGGAAUGGGGACAGAGAUGUCCUCCAGGUGCAGCCCUCCAUGGAUUCCAACCUCAAGAAGAAUACCGCCUUCAUCAAGCGACUUCGAACUGCCAUUACCGCCGCCAACCUCAGCACUUUCCUCCAAGAGAUCCGCUCCUUAUCACUGCACAAAUACCUGACCGAAAUAAUUUCCGCUUGCUACGAAGGUCUGACCAAGUUGAAGGUUGCAGGAGAUAUCGCCGCUGGAGUUGAGAUCAUAAGCGCGCUGCACCAACGCUUCGGUCCUGAGGAGUUCACUUCUUACCUUGGCUGGUACCUUGGACGUGGCCUGGCCACCCCAGACAAGUCGCAGCUGAAAGCACUGGCUGCCGAUGUACGCGAACGAGAAGAGAAAGAGCGGAUAUCGAGGCAGAGGGUGUUGUUACGUGUUGCGACUGAGCUGUGGCUUGUUGGUGUCCUGAAGAGCUUGGAAGAUGUCGCGAAGCCAGAGGAGGCAGGAAAAGUACGAGACGUGGGCGGCAAGACUGCGGAUGGCCCUACCAAGGCUAAGGCCGCCCAUUCAGAGACAGCGGAUCCCGAACCCUUUCCACUGGAGGUUCUGAAGGACAUGCUGGGCCAUGAUCGCGAACACGUCAACUUGCCACUGGUGGUACUUUUCGUUAAGACCUUUGCUUGGGACAUUCUUGGAUCGAAAUCUGCCAAAGCUGAGAAGCGUCAGAAAGUCAACGAAGACGGAGCAACGACCACUGCCAACGGGACUCUUGAAUCGACGACGUCUACCGAGAACGACGAAGACGCGUCCCCCGAUCCGCCACUCACCCCGCCUGCUCUUCAACAACGCUUCAAGAACAUCUUGACGCGGUAUUUUGAGGAUGUGAAGGCCCACAUCGUUCGUGGCCAGGAUCGUCUGACCAAUCAAGGGAAGAGGAACGCUGAAGCAUACGUGAAGUCGGGCGAGGUUUUCGAGGAUCGACAGGCCAACCAUGAGAAAGCUCUCAAGGCUCAGGAGAAGCUUGUCACCAGCGCCCAGACGCUUGCUGAAGUUCUUGGCACUGAGAUGCCAGACUUGUCGGAGAAAGACAACGCUUCUGCCGGUCUCGAAAGCAGUAUCGGACUUGUCAAGACUGGAGAAUAUCUUCGCGGCCAGGCUGAAGGUGCUGGUAUCUGGGAAGACGAAGAUGAGCGUCGUUUCUACGAGAAUUUGGUUGAUCUGAAGGACCGUGUCCCCGGCAUCUUGCUCGAAGACAAGAAGAAGAAGACCGAGACUGAUGAGCAAGUUGGCAAGAAGGUCGACGAAGCUGCCGAUAAGGAGAAGGCAGCGGACACAGAUGAGAGUUCCACCGCCAUUGCAAACAAGACUGUUGGAGCACAAGUCGAUGCUCUCCUCACACGCCUCCUUGAGUUGACGACCAAGGAUCAAGUGGACCAGUUUGCUAUCGACUUUUGCUUCCUCAACUCUAAGGCCUCAAGAAAUCGACUCCUCAAGGCUAUUGAAGAGAUUCCGAAGGGCAGGUCCGACCUUCUACCUCUUUAUGCUCGCUUGGUUGCCACUCUUGGACGUUAUCUGCAGGACAUCCCCCAGACCAUGAUAGCGUACCUCGACGAUGAGUUUCGAAGCUUGCAGCGUCGCAAGUCGAAGGAUUUUCUCGGACAAGUCAGAAUGGUCAACAUCCGCUACAUUGCAGAGCUCACGAAGUUCGGUGUCGUCCCCGAGCACGUUAUCUUCCAUUGCCUCAAAGUCAGCUUGGACGACUUCAGCAGGAUGAACAUCGAGAUUAUAGCACACCUCCUUGAGAACUGCGGUCGAUACCUGCUGCGAAAUCCAGAGACCUCGCCCCGCAUGAGUUCAUUCUUGGAGACCCUGCAACGAAAGAAGGCUGCACAGCAUCUUGGCCAGCAAGAGCGCAUGCUUGUUGAAAACGCCACCUACUACGUCAACCCACCAGAACGUGCUGCAAUCCAGCAAAAGGAGCGAACGACCCUGGAUCUGUUUGUUCGAAAGCUUGUCUACGUCGAUCUUAGUAAGAAGAGCAUGGACAAGAUCAUCAAGCAGAUUCGCAAGCUACACUGGGAAGAGAAUGAGGUCGUUGACAUACUGCGCAAGAUCUUUGUCAAGCCGGGCAAGAUCAAAUUUGGCAACAUCUACCUCCUUGCCAUGAUGCUCGCGGCUUUCUACCGAUUCCACACUGAUUUUGUAGUGACGGUCUUGGACGAGCUUCUCGAGAGGGUUACGGUCGGCCUGGAGACGAACGACUUCAAGUACAAUCAACGACGCAUCGCCGAAGUCAAGUACUUGGGUGAGUUGUACAUGUACAGGAUCGUCGACUCGCAGCUCGUCUUCGACACUCUCUACAAGCUGCUCAACUACGGACACAAGGGCGGUUAUGCUCAGCCUGGAGAGAUUUGCGUAUGGGACUUGCCCGAUGAUUACUUCCGUAUUCGCCUAGUCUGUGCUCUGCUGGAGACUUGUGGUCACUGCUUCGAGAAGGGAGCGGCAAAGAAGAAGCUGGAUUUCUUCUUGACUUUCUUCCAAUUCUACAUCAACGUCAAGGAUCCGCUACCAAUGGAUGUCGAGUUUCUCGUUCAAGACACUUUCAACGCCCUGCGACCUCAGUGGAAGCUUGUCCUGACUGAUUUGACUGAAGCUGGCAAAGUCUUCGGUGAAGCGUGCCGACAGAACUACCAAGAUGUUGCAUCAGGCAAGACACCCGAACCAGAGGAGCCGGAGGACCUAGACGCUCCUGACGAUAACCUGUCCGACGAUGGUCGAGUCGAUGGUGAGGACGAGCCGGCUGGCGAAAACGAUGCUGCCGAGAACGACGCCGCCAACAUCAAGUCAGACAGUGAUGAAGCAGCCCCAGGUGAUGAAGCGGCUCGAGCUGAUGUCUCUGACGGCGAAGAACACAUUGUCGUCACUCGACCAGAGGAGGAGCGAGAUCCAGAAGCUGACGCCGAGUUCGACCGCGAACUCGCCAAACUGAUGGCAGAGAGUGUAGAGUCCCGCAAGUUCGACCGCAAGACGAUGUUCGAUGUACCGCUUCCUAUGCGUCGUACUGUGCGCGACGCCACAACGACAGCUGAAGAGAACGCUGGUGAAGUGCCUGGGCCAGCACCGACGACCAAUGGAGCGAAUACGAUGAAGUUUGCCCUUUUGAGCAAGAAAGGAAACCGCCAGCAGACACGCUCGAUCGACCUACCCUCCGACUCGUCCUUCGCUGUGGCUAUGCGCACUCAACAGCAAGCCGAGAAGGCGGAACAACAACGCAUCAAGAACCUCGUCUUGAACUACGACUUGACGGAUGACCAGCCAGAUGGUGAACCUCCCGCCUUUCAUUACGUUCAAUCUAGCAACAACUCUGUUCGCCUCGUCGGCAUGGGCUCACUCAACAAGAGCUCCAAGAACCGUGGUCGAUCUCAACAUUCGACCAAGAAGAGCGACGAGCAGAGCGUGUCCCCACAUGAUUCAGUUCAAGAAGCACAGCACUCGCCUCCUGAACAACAGGCUGACCAAAUAGGCUCGUUCGAAACCCUGCACGGCGGACCGAGAUUUGACAAGGCCGGCAAUUCACGCCAGAAGCAGCGUGCAAGAAAGUUGCAAUUGGGCGACAUUGAUUGGUAUGGCAACAAGACACCCACCACCCCAACUGCUUCUGCUCCUUGUCAACGCCGUGAAGGAGAGCACUCGCUUGACGAAUACGUAGUCGACAAGAAACAGUUGACUCGUGGUCGCGGCGCAGGCCCUUCUCGACGUGGUCGGGGACGCGGGCGCACUGUCAGCAAGGGCUAA